UGCAUAAGUUUUGUUUAUUUAGGACAGGAUGUGCUCAGCGUACAUAGAUGCGCGUACAACAGCUGAUCCUAAUUGCACCUUCCCAAACUGUAAAUAUUCUCACGAUGUCAAAACUUAUCUAGAAAACAAGGAACCUGAUGUAGAUGCUGAAUGCUUUGUUUUCAAGACUCUUGGCCAUUGUCCCCGCGGCAUUACUUGCAGAUUUGCGAGUGGUCAUCUUGAUGAAAACUACAGAAAUCUAAUUAAUACUGAUAUUUACACAGGAGUUCCACAGGAGAGAAACCAAUUAAAUAAAGGAGUUCAAAUUAGAUUAAGGAAGCAUGAAUAUGAUUUCACUAUGGCGGACUCGGCUUGUAAUCUCAGCUUUGAGUUGAUGAGACAAAGAGAAGAGAAAGAAAAAAUCCAGAAUGGAAUUAAGGAAGAAGAUAAGAGUCAGAAUGGAAUAAAGGAUAAUGAUGAGAGUCAAAAUGGAAAUAAGGAAGAAGAUAAGAGUCAGAAUGGAAUAAAGGAAAAUGAUAAGAGUCAUAAUGGAAUCAAGGAAGAAGAUAAGAGUCAGAAUGGAAUCAAGGAAGAGGAUAAGAGCCCGAAUGGAAUUAAAAAUGAAGAUACGAGUCAGACUGGACUUGAAGAGAAAAAGAAUGAAAUGCCUAAUAACGGGAAUCACAUGGACGUUUCUGACGCAAAAGAAAUUUCUAAUGAGGAAAUUGAACCUGUCGAAAAUAAGUCUUUAGAACUUAAACCUUCAGAAAAGGCAGACCUAAGCCUGGAAACUGAUCUUGCUCAACCUGUAGCUAAGAAACCAAGACUCGAAGAGAAAAGUAUUGGACCUGUUUCCGACACAGAUAUGAUUCCCUUAAAACCUCAGGAAAAGAAGAAAUUAGAUUGGGAGGAUAAACUUUAUUUGGCUCCUUUAACUACAGUUGGAAACCUGCCUUUCAGGCGCUUGUGUAAAAGACUUGGAGCUGAUAUCACGUGUAGUGAGAUGGCUUUAGGACUUCCCUUACUUCAGGGACAUCCUCCAGAGUGGGCCUUGGUUCAGAGACAUCAAUCUGAGGAUUUCUUUGGUGUACAGGUUUGCGGUUGUAGUCCCCCGCAGAUGAGCCGGGUUGCUCAGCUGCUGGAAGAGCAGGUGGAUUGCGACUUCGUCGACAUCAACAUGGGGUGCCCGAUAGAUCUCAUAUAUAAGAAGGGAAUGGGCAGUGGACUUAUGAUUAGGAAACGACCAUUGGAGAUAAUUUCACGAACAAUGGCUGGCUUAAUGUCUCGACCAUUAACAAUUAAGAUGAGAACUGGUGUUUUUAAGGACAAGAAUAUUGCUCAUUUACUGUUCCCUAAACUUGAAGAACUAGGAGUCAGUGGUCUCACAAUUCAUGGCAGGUCUAAAGAGCAGAGAUACACUAGACUAGCAGACUGGGAGUAUAUAAAGGAGUGUAGAGAGACUGUAAACAUCCCCGUUUUUGGAAAUGGUGAUAUCCUUAAUUAUGAGGAUUAUUAUAUGAAGAAGGAAAAUUCUGGAGUAUCAGGAAUCAUGUUGGCGAGAGGAGCACUUAUUAAACCUUGGCUUUUUACAGAAAUUAAGGAACGAAGGCACUGGGAUAUAUCUGGCCAGGAAAGACUGGAUAUUGUCCGUGAGUUUGCUAACUACGGUCUUGAACACUGGGGUUCAGACGACAGAGGACUGGAGAAUACGAGAAAGUUUCUGCUGGAAUGGUUAAGCUUUGCAUACCGAUAUGUUCCUUACGGAAUCCUCAAAUGCCCCCCACAGAGAAUAAAUGAACGACUGCCUGUCUAUCGGGGCAGGAAUGAGCUGGAAACCUUGCUGUCCUCACCUAAUGCUCAGGAUUGGUUGAAGAUUACAGAAAUGUUCCUGGGAAAGGUCAAGGAUGGUUUCGAGUUUGUGCCAAGACACAAGGCUAAUUCAUAUUCCUAACUAUGCCAAGACUCAAGGCCAAUUCAUAUUCCUAUCUAUGGCGAGACUCAAGGCCAAUUCAUAUUCCUAACUAUGGCGAGACUCAAGGCCAAUUCAUAUUCCUAACUAUGGCGAGACUCAAGGCCAAUUCAUAAUCCUAACUAUGGCGAAAACUAAAGGCCAAUUCAUAUUCCUAACUAUGGCGAGACUCAAGGCCAAUUCAAAUGCCUAACUAUGGCGAGACUCAAGGCCAAUUCAAAUGCCUAACUAUGGCGAGACUCAAGGCCCAUCAUCCUAACUAUGUAAUUAUUUUGUUUCAGA